GUAUAGGGUAAAACAGCCAGAUCUCUGCCUUCCUCUGUAUUAUAUUGAAAAAGUUUUGUGACAAAUGCUGACUUUUCAUCCUUUUUUUCUUUUAUCCCAUACAGUGUUGUGCGACCUUCUGAGCUAUUUUUUCUGCGGUGCUUGAGAGCAUUCUUUCUUCUACAGGAUUUUUCUGGCUAUUCCACCGUUCAGUUUUUUCUAUUCUUUUCUGAACUAGUGUCUGGAAUAGCCAGUUUCGACUGAGGGAGAGACCCCCUCGGGGUACCCCGGCCUUGUGCCGGGCCCCUCGACUUCAGCCAGAAGCGGGGUCAUCUUAGGCUUCUGGUUCUGACCAUCAUCUGGACAUCAGACGUCAUCUGUACAGCAGUUAUCAUCUGGUUGCUGUAGCGCAAGGAAGAUGCCGGCGCUUCAGAUGCUACUCCAUGCCCUGGAGGAUUUCAGGGAAGAAUAUACUAACUAUGAACAAAUUCUUUCCUAUUACGAACUUUUUUACAGGCGGCAUUUCGGAAAGAUGGAAGACCUAGAACAUUUUCUUGUAUCUUACGCCACCAGACAUAAAAACAAUUAUGAGAACAUCGCCAACUACUUGACGAUGAUCAAGUAUCAGAAACAACUGAAAGUGCUGGAGAGGGCGUAUUGCCGCCUCUAUAAAAUUCUAUCUCGGUCUCCUAAUGCCCAUGAAAGAAGAAGCAUUAGGAGACAGUACUUCAAGUAUAAAAGACUCCAUAGAACUGUAAGAAGAAAUCUGCGGGGCCUCAGAAAGAAAAUAAUGGAGAAGGAAAAGGAGUUGGAAGAAGUUGCUGGGACCAGUACACUUCAAGAACAGCCUCUUGCCCCAGAGAAGAACAAAGGGCAGGAGCCUCCUGCUUCAAGGGAGGAGGAGGAAGUACCGCCUUCUGAAGAAAAUCUGACCCUUGGAAGACAGGUUAAGAAGGCGGUGACAAACAGGUUCCAGAGAAUAUGGAUUUCCACCAGAAGAUUCAUGAGGCAGGCUUGCUGUCUCCAUCCUCCCCCAGCUCCCUGAUUCCCUUCUUGUCUUCCACACAAGCACAAGGGCCCACCCACCGAGCCCUACACAAGCAUCCACACACCCACCCCUAAAAAAUCGCCUGGCCACCCUACCACCCG